GUUUCAAUCCGGGGAAGCCAUCUUCGAAAGAAAUCCAGGUCUCUGGCUGGUCGAUGGCUGCCGAUAUUUCGAAGCUCUCAUGACCUUCAAAGCUUCUUUCUCUUCUUCACCUUCUUGCAGCAGCCUCCUGCAUAUUCUCACUAGCCAUGAACGCUCGUCUGGAGCGGUACAAUACUCAUGUCUUGAAACAGUUGAGCAGUGACGGCAGCAACCGUUAUGACGUCUUACUCGAUAGGAUACAGAACAGUCCUGCCAUAGCAUACACUGUUGCAACUCUGGUAUUUCUGUACUUUAUCCUGAACUAUCUUAACGUCAUACCUUUCUCGAUCACCCACGGGCUCUGGAGCACUCUCGUCUAUCUUAUCCCGUCAAGGGUUAUCUUCGCCUUGGACAAAUCCGCCGGAUCGGGCAGUACAACCACAGGGUCGGAUGCGAUGAGUCUGUCGAGUUUUCAAGCGAAGAGCGAAGCGAUGCAGCGGGUCCUGGGUCUGGAUAGCAACACGUUAUACUCGUUCUUCCCCCGCGCUCGAUCCUUGUCUAUUGGGAAUGUCCUGCUUGGUGGGAAAGACCACAUACCACCCGGGCUGGGAAACUGGGAUAAUUCAUGUUAUCAAAACAGCAUGAUACAGGGAAUGGCGUCGCUAAAGUCGCUUAAGGAUUUUCUCGACCGGAACAUGGAGGAGUUUGCGGAGCGAACGUUUCUCUCGACACAUAAAGCCUUGAAAGAUAUCAUAGGCCGCCUGAACGACCCUUCGAACUAUGGGCAGAAGCUAUGGAUACCGCCUGAUUUGAAAUCAAUGAGUAGUUGGCAGCAGCAGGAUGCGCAGGAAUAUUUCUCGAAGAUCGUGGACCAGAUAGACAGGGAAAUUCUGCAAGCCUCAAAGGGGAGGACAAGGAACUUUGGGUUAAAGGUUGCUGGGCCACAAGAGCAUGUUGUUGGAAUUUCUACACCGUCGCAAGACACUCAAGGUCAGGGCCAGGCCAAUCAAGCAACCGAACAGAAUCCUUCCAUGCGGAAUCCUAUGGAGGGUCUGCUUGCGCAACGAGUGGGCUGCAUGAAGUGUGGCUGGACUGAGGGCCUCUCCCUGAUCCCCUUUAACUGUCUUACCGUUCCACUUGGAAGAAACUGGGAGUAUGAUAUUCGGGAUUGUCUGGAUGAAUACAUGGCCCUUGAACCAAUUGAAGGUGUCGAAUGUGCCAAAUGCACUUUACUGCGGACGCGGGAGCAACUUCGCCAUUUGCUCGGCCAGAUAGCCGAGGAGACGGAACUUGCGAAUGGCUCCAGCUCACCUAAACUCUCAGAUGCACUUAGGAGCUCUGCUGAGGCUAGAUUGAAGGCGGUCGAAGAGGCUCUCGAAUAUGAAGAUUUCUCUGAGAAGACUCUCCAAAAGAAAUGCCAUAUCCCUUCCAAAAGCCGAGUCUCCACAACGAAGUCAAGGCAGGCGGUUAUUGCAAGGUCACCGAAGUGUCUUGUGAUUCAUGUUAACCGGAGCUUAUUCGACGAGAACACGGGAGCUCUGAGGAAGAACUAUGCGGAGGUUCGAUUUCCCAAAACCCUCGACCUGGAUGAGUGGUGUUUAGGCACGAGGACUGCGAUUAAAGGAGAGGAUGCUCCAGAACAAUGGGUCACCAAUCCCCGGGAGUCCAUGCUUCCUCGGCCUGGAUCUAGUGUGGAGGUGCUAGAUAGACAGUAUGAAUUACGUGCUGUCGUCACUCAUUACGGCCGACACGAAAACGGCCAUUACAUCUGUUACAGGAAGUAUCCAACUGACGCGUUCCCUGCCACUGUCCCCGAAAGUGUUCUCCAAGCAGAUGGGGAGAAGGAACGGCCCGAACGUUGGUUCCGACUGAGCGAUGAUGACGUGCAAAUGGUCAGUGAACGCAACGUGUUCUCACAGGGUGGAGUUUUUAUGCUUUUCUACGAAGCCGUCGAAUCUCCGACGCGGAAUGCGGACGCUUCUCCUUCUUCGACGGACGAAUCUUCAUCGAAUGCAUCAGGGUCUGUUGACAUGGGCAUGUCGGUUGAGUCUCGAACGUCGACUAAUUCUUCAUCCCCAUCACCUUCCGAGACAUACGAACCUCAUGUUCCCCCCUCUUCCUCUCUGUCUACAGACAAGAUGGCGAAUGGCGAGGUAACGGUUAUUGCCCCUUCGGCACCGUCAGCUUCAGCCUCUUGA